AUGGAACGGUACGAGUCAAUUGCAGGGCGCGCAGGCUUUGCGCGAUCACAUGUGUUGCCGCGAGGUAGUGGUGCCUUGUCCUCAGCAAGUGUUUGCUACGAGAAUGCGGCGAAUUACUUACAACAUGUUCGCGGCGCCGACUACGCUACUGCUUCACGCUCUUUCCCUGCCAACGUCUGGGAUGCUCUGUGCCAAGCUGAAGCUUCGGUUCUCCGCGUGGGUCAGCUGGGCGAGGGUCGGCAACGUCUGAUGGCAUACAAAGGGUGCACUACUUCGAGCCGUUCUGGUGAUUUGUUAUCCCGUCUCGUAUCCCUGGAGAAGUCGCUCGACAAGCUGCUCUCCGGGUUUCCCCAAACUGCUGAGGAGCUGGUGACCUUGGAUUACAACGCGUCUCUGUGCUCAGCAGGAGCCAGAUCAGCCUUGGCAGCUGUGCCGAGCUUUGUCUCGAUUACUGCAUUGCUUCGCACCAUCAACGAAAGACUGUGCUCUCUUGACGACUUUUCACGAGAGGUGCUUCCAUUGAUGCAGUGUGACGACGACGUUUCGCAUCAAUGCCUCCUUGUGGCGAGUCGUCUGGACAGGCUGGAAAAGAAGCUGAGCACGAUUGAGGAGCUAGUUGCCGCGCUUGGACGCACUUCUGCAGCUAUCAACUCUAUUUUUGAGCGUAUUGGCGCCAGGUAUGGAGACACUACCCGCGCCGUAGCCAUGUAA